AUGACUGCAGGAAGUGUUGAUGGCGACUCGGAUAUCAAAAGCUCUAUGCAAUAUCAAACCGAGGAUGGACGCAAAACACUUGAAGCAAAGAAAUUUACGCGAAAGAACUUUACUUUGAUUGCUCCGAUUUUCCUCGAGUCAGUGACAUUGGCUUCACCCUUGUCUGCGCAUACUCUACGACCCGCGGCUUUUGCUGGAUAUGAAGUGAGGGUUGCCAGAUGUAGACCGAAGCAAUUUUUCCAGCUUCCUUUUACCGUGCUUUUAAACAUGCUGACAAAGAAUGCCUCAGCAUCGAAUUUGGCGUUAAAGCCAUUUGUUCCAGUAAAGGAGAAAGACAGAAGUGAUAUACCAAAGACGAAAAGCAUGCCAAUGUAA